CCUUCUUCCAUUUCAAUAUUGUUCCGACUUCACAAAUUUCCGUAUCACCAAAUUUCCCCCAAAUCCUGUUCCUAAAACCCCACUUUCUCUCCCUUACGCGUUAACUAGGGUUUUCCCCUUCAUCUCUCUCUCUCUCUCUUCGAUGGAAUCUCUAAAGAAGCGCAAAGCCGACGAAAAUGGUAAUUCCUUUGUUACCGACCAAACCCUAAUCUCACCUACAGAGUUAACGCCACCAUCUGAAAACCAAACUUUAACUCUAGACGACGCACGCAAACUCCUCGAACCUUUUACGCACGAACAGAUCCUCUCUCUCCUUCAAUCCGCCGUCGUUCGCUACUCCGACGUCCUCUCUUCCGCUCGCGCGCUCGCUGAUUCCGACGUUUCGCGUCGUAAACUCUUCGUUCCUGGCCUCGGCCCUAACACAACAACAGAUUCUCUCAAAUCACUCUUUUCUACUUACGGAGAACUCGAUGAAGCCGUUGUUAUCACCGAUAAAACCACGGGUAAGUCCAAAGGUUAUGGAUUUGUUACUUUUAAGCAUGUUGAUGGUGCUCUUUUGGCGCUUCGUCAGCCUAGCAAGAAGAUUGAUGGUCGUAUGACUGUCACUCAUUUAGCGUCGGCAGGCCGUGGGCCGAAUAGUGAGGACCAAGCGACUAGAAAGAUUUAUGUUGGGAAUGUUCCUUACGAGAUUUCUGCUGAGAGAUUGUUGGAUUUCUUUGCUGCUUUUGGGGAGAUUGAAGAGGGUCCUUUAGGGUUUGAUAGGCAAGGUGGGAAAGCGAGGGGGUUUGCUUUUUUUGUUUACAAGACUGAGGAAGGUGCCAGGAUGUCGUUGAUGGAGCCAAUGAAGAUGAUUGAUGGGCAUCAGGUUAUGUGUAAAUUGGCUGGAGAUGGAAAGAAAGGCAAAACAGUGAAUCCCGUUUUACCUGGUGAGAUGGGUGGUGAUAGGAUGCCCGGUCCGAUGAAUUCGCAGUAUGGUGGGCCGAUGGGGAACUAUGGGAGUUAUGGGCCUGGGCCUAAUUCCGGUCCUGGAAUGGGAAUGGGGGCGGCUCAAGGUCCUGCUGGUGGCGGAUAUAGUUCUUCUGUUGGUGGGCCCUAUAGUGGGUCGCAUACACAGUAUGGUGGACCAGGCUCUGGGGAGUAUGGAUCGUAUCGGAUGCCACCACCACCGAGUUCUAUGGGAGUGCCGCCUUCAUAUCAAGAAAGCAGUGGUGGUUAUGGUAUUUCUUCGUCUGGUGGUGGGUAUAUGAACCAGAACCACCCUCCUUCACAGGGUCCUCAAGGGCCUCCACAAGGUCCUCCUAGUGGCAUGUAUCAGAGAAUGCCACCUUCCUAUUACUGAGGUAUGUGACAGCUCCUUGGGCGCAAAUUGCUUAAAUGGUUUUGGUGAUUUCGUUGAUUGCAGACAAAUGAAUGUGUCGUGUGCUUGAAUGGACUGCUGCACAUUUCUUGCUGCUACGUGACUUGCUGUGUAGUUUUUUAGCUGCAAAAGUGGUAGUUUUUGGUUGUUAUGUUUCACAAGAUAGACUGUGAUCUCUUUCCUCUUAUCCCUUUAGAAGGCUCCUUUGUCUAUAUGGAUUUCUUUUGGUGGCAAUGUGCUUUGUAUUUUCUGUUGGUUAUCUGAAGCAGAGUUCAUUUGCUACUUUUUAUAAUUAAUGUAACCUUUCACUUCCUAUUCCAGUUAGGUUUAUUAUGGUUGUGUUUGAAUCUUGCUAUCAGAUUCAUACAACUUGUGUCUGUAUUCUAUUUGGCAACCUGCAAUCUUUUAGUUUUGUUUCUUAUAUAAUGGCAGUGAAGUAUCCUUGCUGAGGUUCAUUCGAUCA